AUGCUUACCGAUAUUCUCAGCAUUAUUCUCGACGACUGGAAUAAUCUCAGUCUAAACGGUCCGAAUAAGCAUUUGAUGACAGAAAAGGCUGUUUUCUCCAUGCGUAUAUCGCACUGUUUGCUCGUCAUUUACUCGACGACUUGCAUUAUGUAUACAGUAACUACCGUGUUCAUGUCUGGCGAUAACGAUGAAGGGUUUGACGGAAACCAGAGGAAAAUGAUGUUGAAAAUGGUGUUUCCCUUCGACGUUAUGGUUUCUCCGGUUUACGAAAUUGUUCUGCUCGCACAGAUUGUGCUUGAAUACGUCCUUGUCUUGGGCGCUGCUAUAUCAAUGUCAUUUUUGGCAGCGUUAGUAUUACAUGUAGCUGGCCAAAUAGACGUAUUGUGCCAAGAAAUAUUGAGCAUUCCUAAUUAUAUCAAAGAAAAGAGAUUGCCCAUACUAAAAAGUCUCAUUACAAAACACCAGAAAAUCAUAUAUUUAUCGGACGGUAUUAAACACCUCUUCCUUUACAUAUCAUUGGUGCAAUUCCUAAGCAAUAUUAUAAUAAUCUGUUUUCUAGGCUUUAUGAUUGUCACUUCUUUAGGUACAGAGAGGGGAAUUUCGUUGAUGGCAAAAUAUUUGCCUUAUUAUGUGACUGCAAAUGCUGAGGCGUUCGUUCUUUGUUAUACCGGUGAAUAUCUAAGUACUAAGAGUGAAAAUAUUCAUCGAGCUGUAUCUGAUAUGGAUUGGUACAAUUUAGACCAAGAGGAUAUUCACUUAAUUCUCCUGAUGAUGUUGAGGACGGAAAAACAAUUAACGCUUACUGCCGGAAAAUUUGUUACUCUGUCCGUGGAAACGUUUGCCAGUAUGAUAAAAGUCUCAGCAUCUUAUAUUUCGCUAUUGUUAGCCGUAUACUAAUUUGGAAAAUUAUAAAUCGACGUUAUAAGCGGAUACGAUACAUGAAACGAAGAAACCAUGACAAUAUAAUUACUGAAAAUAGGACGAUCGAAUGAAC